CAAAGCCUCGGUCUUCAUAGAAAAGGAGAGGCGGCGAACGCAGCCCAAACUGGGGGGUUUCUCUUCAAAGCCAGCUGGUCUGGCUUUAUUCUACAGGAAUUUUUUUACCUGUCAGAGUUUGGACAACAAAACCCUCAGCAGGUGCUGACGGGUACAACUUUCUGGAGAAGCAAGAAAGGCGCUGGUGCCAAAGAGUUGUAAACUGUGAAGUAACUCUAUGAAGAGAUGAAGUAAAGAAUGGCAAGCAAAUGACCUGACCGUAGCGGUAAAGAAGAGUAUGUGCAGGAACGAAUGCAGGAAUUUGGGAACUGAGCUGUGCAAGUGCUGAAGAAGGAAAUUUGUUUGAAGGAAACAGGAAAGAGAAAGAAAAGGAAGGAAAAAAUACAUAAUUUCAGGAACGAGAGAGAGAAGAAAAACGGGGACUAUGGGGAGAAAAAAGAUUCAGAUUACGAGGAUUAUGGAUGAACGUAACAGACAGGUGACAUUUACGAAGAGGAAGUUCGGGCUGAUGAAGAAGGCUUACGAGCUGAGCGUGCUGUGUGACUGCGAGAUCGCACUCAUCAUCUUCAACAGCACCAACAAGCUGUUCCAGUACGCCAGCACCGACAUGGACAAGGUGCUGCUCAAGUACACGGAGUACAACGAGCCGCACGAGAGCCGGACAAACUCGGACAUCGUGGAGACGUUGAGAAAGAAGGGCCUUAAUGGCUGUGACAGCCCAGAUCCCGAUGCGGACGAUUCAGUAGGUCACAGCCCUGAGUCUGAGGACAAGUACAGGAAAAUUAACGAAGAUAUUGAUCUAAUGAUCAGCAGGCAAAGACUGUGUGCUGUUCCACCUCCCAACUUUGAGAUGCCAGUCUCCAUCCCAGUGUCCAGCCACAACAGUCUGGUGUACAGCAACCCUGUGAGCUCACUGGGGAACCCCAACCUUCUGCCUCUGGCCCACCCGUCUCUGCAGAGAAACAGUAUGUCUCCGGGCGUCACACAUCGGCCUCCGAGUGCGGGCAACACAGGUGGUCUGAUGGGUGGAGACCUCACAUCCGGUGCAGGCACCAGUGCGGGGAACGGGUAUGGCAAUCCUCGAAACUCACCAGGUCUGCUGGUCUCACCUGGUAAUUUGAACAAGAAUAUGCAAGCAAAAUCUCCUCCCCCCAUGAAUUUAGGAAUGAAUAAUCGUAAACCAGAUCUCCGAGUUCUCAUCCCACCUGGCAGCAAGAACACGAUGCCAUCCGUGUCCGAGGACGUCGACCUCCUUUUGAAUCAACGGAUAAAUAACUCCCAGUCUGCUCAGUCAUUGGCUACACCAGUGGUUUCCGUAGCAACUCCUACUUUACCAGGACAAGGGAUGGGAGGAUAUCCAUCAGCCAUUUCCACAACAUAUGGUACCGAGUACUCUCUCAGUAGCGCAGACCUGUCAUCCCUGUCAGGGUUUAACACAGCCAGUGCGCUUCACCUCGGCUCAGUGACCGGCUGGCAACAGCAGCACCUACAUAACAUGGCGCCAUCUGCCCUCAGCCAGUUGGGAGCUUGCACUAGCACUCAUUUAUCUCAGAGUUCAAAUCUCUCCCUGCCUUCUACUCAAAGCCUCAACAUCAAGUCAGAACCUGUUUCUCCUCCUAGAGACCGUACCACCACCCCUUCGAGAUACCCACCACACACGCGCCACGAGGCGGGGAGGUCUCCUGUUGAUAGCUUGAGCAGCUGCAGUAGUUCCUACGACGGCAGCGACAGAGAGGAUCACCGGAAUGAAUUCCACUCUCCCAUUGGACUCACCAGACCUUCGCCGGACGAAAGGGAAAGCCCCUCAGUCAAGCGCAUGCGACUCUCUGAAGGCUGGGCUACAUGAUCACAUUAUUACUUAAUAGUUUUUUCCUUGCAGUGUGUGUGUGUGCUAUACCUUAAUGGGGAAGGGGGGUCGAUAUGCAUUAUAUGUGCCGUGUGUGGAAAAAAAGUCAGGUACUCUGUUUUGUAAAAGUACUUUUAAAUUGCCUCAGUGAUACAGUAUAAAGAUAAACAGAAAUGCUGAGAUAAGCUUAGCACUUGAGCUGUACAACAGAACACUUGUACAAAAUAGAUUUUAAGGCUAACUUCUUUUCACUGUUGUGCUCCUUUGCAAAAUGUAUGUUACAAUAGAUAGUGUCAUGUUGCAGGUUCAACGUUAUUUACAUGUAAAUAGACAAAAGGAAACAUUUGCCAAAAGCGGCAGAUCUUUACUGAAAGAGAGAGCAGCUGUUAUGCAACAUAUAGAAAAAAAACACAAAUGUACAGAAGUUUGGACGGACCCGGCAGUGGGUGGCCAUUGGGAGUGUUAGGAACACCCUGGGCACCUGGCAUCCGGGGCACGCUCACAAACCUGCAACCCUGUCACUGGUGUAUGGCACUCAUUAGAAAGGAUCACAGACCAUUAAGAGGACCAUACCUAUUUAAAGAAAAGAAAAAAAAGGAAAAAACAGAAAAAGUGGAGUUUGAGAGCUAACGUAUUUAAUUAAAUAAAUAAAUCUGGGUCUGCAUCUCUUAUGAAAUAAAAAUAUAAAAAUAUGUACAUUACAUUUUGCUUAUUUUCAUAUAAAAGGUAAGACAGAGUUUGCAAAGCAUUUGUGGCUUUUUGUAGUUUACUUAGGCCAAAAUGUGUUUUUCCCCCCUUGAUAGCUUCGCUAAUAUUUUAAACAGUCCUGUAAAAAACCAAAAAGGACUUUUUGUAUAGAAAGCACUACCCUAAGCCAUGAAGAACUCCAUGCUUUGCUAACCAAGAUAACUGUUUUCUCUUUGUAGAAGUUUUGUUUUUGAAAUGUGUAUUUCUAAUUAUAUAAAUAUUAAGAAUCUUUUAAAAAAAUCUGUGAAAUUAACAUGCUUGUGUAUAGCUUUCUAAUAUAUAUAAUAUUAUGGUAAUAGCAGAAGUUUUGUUAUCUUAAUAGUGGGAGGGGGGUUAUAUGUGUGCACUUGCACAUUCGAGUAACUAUUUUCUUUCUGAUUUCUUUUACUCUGCAUACAUUUUAUAAGUUCAAGGUCAGCUGUCAAAAGGGUAACCUGUGCGGUUAGAACAUAUCACAUUGCAACACCCUAAAUUGUUUUUAAUACAUUAGCAAUGUAUUUGGUCAACUGACAUCCAUUGUAUAUACUAAUCAGUUUCUUUCAUGCUAUUUUUGUUUUGUUUUGUGCAUUUUUAUCAAAUGCAGGGCCCCUUUCUGAUCUCACCAUUCCACCAUGCAUCUUGGAAUUCAGUAAGUGCAUAUCCUGACUUGCCCAUAUCCUAAAUUACAUGGUUGGGUUUCAGCCUAGAAUUUGAUAUGUUUCUUAGAAAUAUGCCCAGAACAGAGACGCUGUGUUGGGGCCCUAGAAACAAAUGAUAUGGAGUUUACUGGGUGAAAUAAGUUAUAAAUUCCCACAGAAGAAAAAUGUGAAAGGGUGGGUUCUAGAAAAGAAGGAAGCAGGUAAAGGGAUAGUUGCUUUGUCAUCUAACUUUCAUUGUUUUAACUGACCCUUAACAAUCUUGUCAGCAAUAUAGGACUGUUGGACAAUCCCAGUGUGUCAGGACCCCCAAUGUCACUUCUGCAAAAAGCAUGUAUGUCAUCUAUUUUUCUUCAAUAAAGAGAUUUAAUAGCCAUUUCAAGAAAUCCCAUUAAAGAACCUCUCUAUGUCCCUUUUUUUAAUUUUUCAAGAAAAUAUAACUCUUGUCUAAUAUUCGUCUAUAAGGGAUUAAUUUUCAGACCCUUUAAAAGUGAGUGCCGUAAAAAAGUCAAUAUAUAUUGUUUAAAAGAUAUUUCAGUCUAGGAAUGAUUUCCUUCUCUUGGAAUGUGAAGAUCUGUUGAUGCAUCUCCAGUCAUACACACUGACAUACACAGCAAAGAGGAUAUAGGCAGUAGUAUCAGCCCGGCUGUAUCAUGUGUAGGACAUUUCUUAUCCAUUUGUUUUUUUCUUUUCUUGCACAGUUUCUAUGUGUUUCUCAUUGUAAGAGGCUGCCGCUGGGUGGCAGAAGCCAAGAGACCUUAUUAAUGAGGCUAUAUUUUUCUUAACUUGAUCUGCAAUCCAUAAUUAGACCACAAUGCACCUUAGGUUGUAUCCAGAUAGGAUGCUAGCCUGCCUUGUACUAAUGUUUUAUAUACUAAAAAAUUUUAAAAAUCAACCAUUUCAUAUAUAUCCCACUAAUCAAGGUAUCCAUGGAACAUGAAAGAAUAACAUUUAUGCAGAGGAAAACCAGAAAGUCAUCCCUAAAAAUACACACAACUCUCUCCCUCUCCCCGUCUCUCUCUGUGUCUCUCUUUCUCAUACACACACAUACACACACACACACACACACACACAAAAGAGGAAAAAUAAGAAAAUCAUUUUCUUCAUCAGAGACUUGAUCCCAUGCUCACAAGUCAUCUUUACAACUUAAUGUGUAUUAAAUAUGCAAGCAUAUCACAAACGUUCCUCGCCAUUUUCAAAACAUUUUCAUUUACCAGUAUCAGAAUCUCACCAGUGGGUGGGAAAGGGUCAUUACAUAAAAAUAUGAAGAAAUAGCCAUAUUAAUUUUUUACCUGCAAUUUGCCUCAGCGACAAAGAAAACAUGAAUUUCUAUUGCUGAAGAUAAGUAAGCUAAAGUACCAGCAGAAGCCUUGGCUAUUUAUAGCAGUUCUGACAGUAGUUCCGUAAGAACACAAAAAGAACAGAAUCACCUGAACAUGGAUGCCAGUCAUCUCUUGUUCCUACUACUGAGUUCACACGCAGUGAUGGCAAGAUAGCGAAGGGAUAAUCUGAGACUUUCUAAAGAUGGUUUAAUGAGAAGAAGCACAAUUUUUAUUAUGAUGAGUCACUUUCUGUAAGCAGUCACUGUCUUAUCUUUACCCUAUGCCUUUUCUGUAAUUUACUGUUUAUUGUAUUUGCAAAGCUAGUGUGGUUUCUAUCACAGCAAACCCUUUGUGUCCAAGAGGUUAGGACAGAGCCCUCGGGGGGAGUAUAUGAUUUUACCUUACCCGUCCUAGAGCCACAUUUGAGACAACAUUCUUCAUUGCCAGUCACAGAAACAUAGGUGGCAUUUUACACAGCUACAGGUAUUGUUAGAGCUAAUCCUAUUUUAAAAGAUUUGGGGUAAUAUUAAGCUUACAUACUGGUAACAGUGGUACAAUAUACACCAGCUGCACAACCUGUAUAUUGUAUGCAUUGGAGUGUGGAGGCUGUUCAUUUCAACCUUUUUAAAAGUUGUGUUUUUUAGUAAAAGGCUUAUUUUUUCCAGAGGUGGAAUUUAACAUUUUGUAAUGAUGAAUAUGAGAAUGCCUGACAUCCUUAGAUUGCAUAAAAGUUAACUGAAGUGAGGAUUUAAAAAAAAAUCCCAAUUCACUUUUUAAAAGAAUGCCUGCCCUCUCACACACUUAGGUAUUUAUUUUCCUUCCAUGCCCAGCCUUUUCUUUGAGUUAGGUUUUUGACCCCUUUAUCCCUUCUGUUUGCUUUUCCAGAGAGUAAAUGCUUUGUGUUUCUUUCUUUACAUUUUUUUUUAAAAGAAGAAGCCACUUGAACCCUCAAAAAGCCUGUUGCCUAAGCAUGGCAUACUUCAUCUGUUCUCCUCUCUGCCAUAUGCCUGGGUGUCAUCACUUGUGUGGCGUUAAUUUCCUGCCACUAGAAAUCUUCUGAAGAUUGCUGGAACACUAGUGUCUGUUCAGAUGCUUCUGACCACAGAUGUAAUGAAAGGCUUUUCUUAAUAUGUUUUAACCAAAGAUGCGGAGCAAUCCAACCCACAUAUCUUCUACACUCAAUUUGUCCAUUUUGGUUCCUUUCAUAAUUGGGUAUUGUACUUUGCCUGCCCUGUUCAUACCUCAAAGUGGUUCGUACCUCGGUUUGAUCUGGAGAGGUCAGCUGUGUGGCGGGUUCCAUUGUGAUUGGAACGCAGCGUCAGCGCACUCUUGAAGCAAGUGGACCGGGGUCACUGUAGGUGUAGCACUUGCCUUGCUUCUAAUGGUUUGCUGUAUCAUUUUCCUUCUUUUUUUUUUCCUUUUCCUGGGGACUUGUUUCCAUUCAAUGACAGUAAUUAAACUAGCUUGUAAAUGAGGGCAUACAAGCAUUUGCAACAAAUAUUCAAAUAGAGGCUCACAGCGGCAUAAGCAGGACUUUGCCGCCACUAGAUGACAAGAUGUUAUAACUAAGUUAAACCACAUCUGUGUAUCUCAAGGGACUUAAUUCAGCUGUCUGUAGUGAAUUAAAGUGGGAAAUUUUCAAAAGUUUCUCCUGCUGGAAAUAAGGUAUAAUUUGUAUUUUGCAGACAAUUCAGUAAAGUUACUGGCUUUCCUAGUGA